AUGGUCAAUUUUUACCGUCGGUUCCUACCGAAAUGUGCUGACCUCAUGCUGCCGCUCACCAACAUGCUUUCUGGUCCCAAAGGUCCCCUCGAGCUGACUGGUGAAGCACUGACUGCUUUUGAGAGAAUCAAAAAUUCCCUUGCCGAUGCCACCUUACUCACACAUCCCGCUCCUGAAGCUCAGCUGUCUCUGAUGGUAGAUGCCUCGAACGUAGCCGUAGGUGCAGUCCUUCAACAACACCUUACUGGUUCUGUGGCAGUUCGCGUCUCCUCGCCCUCCGCCUUUGUCACGUUGCCGUCCUGUCCGCCUCACACUCCGUGUCGAUACGCUGCUGGGACGCGCGAGUGCUCGAAGCCAAUCAACGCUGUCCCCACUCUGAUUGGCUGGCGACGUGGAGACAACGAAGGACGCACAUACGCGCUCAGAGAACACCCCGAGGUCGGACACAGACAGCAGCUUGCUUGGGGCACGCUCGCGGCGACUGCCUACAGAGCCCUUGUGUACGCACUUCCUCAGGCAGUAAAGGUUGUCCAACUCAAACCGUCUUCCCUGACUUUUAAUUGGGAAUCUUUAUCAUGUCGACCACACUACCUUCGACAAAUAGCUUUUUUCGGAUUUUGGAUUGCCGAAUUCGUCGGCUUCUUCGCUUCACGUAAGUGGUGAGUAAGCUUCCAUACCACUUCUACCUUUAUUUGUAGACCUUUUAACUCCCCCUCCAUUUUCGAAAAUUUAUGGAUGAGUCCGAAACAUGUGGUACAGAUUUAAUCGUCGUAUGCGACAUCCGCCAACGUCACUAGACUUUUUGCUCCUUUUACGGGCAUUGGUCUGACUGCAGAACGCCCAAACUUUAGUCAUUAAUAUCAUGCGUAAUACAUGAUGUAGCAUUUGUUUCGGCGACACUGGCGCGAGUCAGUGGCUUAGUGGAAAUGACGGUUUUCUGGCCGAGCGACUGCCCAGGUUCGACUACCGCCUGGGGCGAACAUUUUACACCGUGUUUUGUGGGCAUUUCUCUGAAUAACAACAACGACUUUACAAGUUUCAAACGGUUUUCUUAAAGUUAUGAGAAGCAUUUUCAACCAGAUCAAAGAUAUGAGGUAAACGACUCAGCCUUUCGUAGGUUUCGGGAUAUCUCAGUGCUGUUGCAGAGAGGCGACUGAACAAAGAUAGGUUAACCCUCACAAGUCCUGGAGUAGGUUUUUAAGGAUGGAACGCUAGCAACGCUUUGAUCCUUGUACUGCUACGAAAAGCUUAUCUCGUUUGUAAUGCCCCGCAAAGCACGUGCUAACAGACGAAAUCAUGCGGUCUCCGCACCGUCUCUGGGUGUUAGAAUCGUGACCGGAGACAUAGCAGAUGCCAGCAUAUGUUUAGUUCAGUUCAGCCCUGAACAUUUAUCUGUAUACCACACAUUUUUUACGUUGCAACUAGGGUACUCAAUGGCCUACGCCUAUUUACCUCAAAAAACUGAACUGAACUGAAAAAACAACCUUUCUGAAAAACGCAAGCAUAAUGUCGUACUGGAAACAUUCCGUGUCACUUAUCUACUACGGAGGGAGCGCAUUUAUGCCCACAAAGGUGUGGCUUGAGUUUCAAUGACACAGAAGCUAAACGACUGCGCUAGCUUAGCCGUAAUGCGCCCUUUUCUCCUUGAUAGAAGUCGAUUUUUUCUUGUCGAGGAGGGAGAUAACUAGAGAAUUCUGCCGUAAAUGACGCUGCUCCGUUUCGACAGAACUCACACCACUGCAGCAAAGACAGAAAAAAAUUGAAAUUGUCAAAAACCAACACCUAGAGUAUGACACCCACUGUCAGUCUGAAAAUGUACUCUACAACAUCAUCUGCGGCCUAUGCACGUCACGACGUAGUCAAUAACGUAGGGAAUUCGACUAAUACUGAUGCUGAGAUCUUAAAACACACCGACAUGUCUGAUAUAAACACGCCCCUACAGACUUUCCGAGCAACCCCUAGCAAGCCUAAGCACCUCACUUGAUCACAAGUGGCGUACUUCAAGGUGCGGUUCUGGGUCCGCUACUCUUCCUUCUGUUCAUCAAUGAUAUUUCGACUGCACCCGGAAAUUCGCAAACUUUUACUUAUGCCGAUGACCUCAAUAAUAAUUUCUCAAAAUCUAAGAACACCGAAAACGUUUGUGUUAAAAAAAUAAAUGCCGUAUUACUACGCUUAAGCAGAUAGGGUUUUCAGCAUCCAAACUUCCAGAUCCAAUAAUUUUUCAGAAUAACCCACUCUCAGAAUGCCUCAGCAUAAUGGAGCUAGGUCUUAGUUAUACAAAUAAGCUUGCUUUAUCACCUCAUGCAGAUAGAAUCUCUGCCAAAGCCGCGCAGAUAUGUGGAUUCAUAUCGCAUAAUGUUUUCCUUCCGGAAAUGAAGCUAAGACUUUAUCAAAUGUUUGUUCUUCCAGUCCUUGAAUACGGCUGUCCUUUCUUUGGUUUAAUGAAGACCUGUUAUCGCUAUGAGAUCACAAAUUUUCAGAGGGUUUUCACCCGGAAACUGUUCUCUCAAGCUUCGUCCAGUAUUUCUUAUACUCGCAGAUGUCAGCUGGCGAUCAUUAAGUUGUUGUUGGUUAGAAGACUCGAAGCUGGCCUUUGCUUCCUUUUUCGCAUCAACUCUAGCUCCAGUCUUCCGCACAUUGACACUCUCACUCCUCCAUGGUGAUUCCGUCGCCGCCUAUUUGCACUACAUCUAA